AGCAAUUUCACCAUCAGAGCGAACUCAGAAGCUGCUCAGAUUUUGAGGUGGAGUUGCGUUCCAGUAAGGGCAGAGUGAAUGCCUGCUGGAAUGCCUGAAGCCUGAAUAGUGCUGCUACAAGAACAAGGACAAAGAAAACAAUAGAACUGGUUUUCAGGCAACAGCAGAUUAGGGGGGGGGACACAGUGGUGACAACCAGUGCUCUGAAUACAGCCAUCACUCUGCGUAUUCGCCUGAGAGGGAUCCCACAGCGCCCACAAAUGCUGCUGUCACUAAGGUAACCCAGCUGACACUCACCGUGGAGCUGAGGGAAAGCGAGGGUGACUGGGAUGAAUUUUACCCCAUGACUCUCUCUCCUCUCCCACUGUGGCCAUAUAGUGAAUUUUGCUAAAAAAAGUGAACUUGGACAUCCAGAGACAAGGUCACUGAAUAAGCCUCAGACAUUGAGGAGAACGGCACCGUGGUGAUCAUGUCACAGGGGUCAAACGUCAGGCACAAAGGAUUAGAGGAGGGGUGUGGCUGGAGCCUGCCAGGGUCACAGGAUGCCAUGGAUGUCCCAUGGAGCAGCCCAGACUCAGGAAGUGAUGGAGGAGAGAUGAUCUCCUCCAGGAAAGACAGCCUGCCCUCCCAAAACCUGGAGGACUCCUUCUUCCCCUUCUCCUCCUCCUCCUCCUCCUCCUCCUCCUCCUCCCAGCCAAGAGGAUCCCUGAUGCCCCCUAUGGCUGGGAAGGAGCCCCUGGGCUCCCCCCAGGAUGAUGACAGCCGGCUGUUGCUGGAGAGGGACUUGAUCCUGGCUGCAGAGGUGGGCCGGGCCCUGCUGGAGAGGAACGAGGAGCUGACCACUCAGCUGGAGCAGAGGGAGAGGGACAUCGAGGCCCUGCAGCAGGAGAAGCACAUACUGCAGCAGCGGCUGGACUUGCUAGAACUAGAGGGCAGUCAGAGAGAGGCAGAGCUGCAGGCUGACCUCACCUCGCUCAGGGAGCAGCUGGACAAACAGCGGAGCCAGGGCCGAGACCACAGGCGGGAGGAGAGCGAGCAGCUCACUCAGUUGUCCAAUCACAACCACAGGCUGGUGGAGCAGCUUGCUGAGGCUGUGGCUUUGGAGCACACCCUGCGUUCUGAGUUGCGCUCUCUGAGGGAUGACAUGGAAGACAGGAGCUUCAGCAACUCCAUCAGUUCUGCUAGGCUGGAGAGUCUACAGGCAGAGAACAGGGUGUUACAGGAGCGAUAUGCCCACGCUGAGGAACGACUGAACUCUGUACAAGAGGACAACACCAGACUACGGGCAGAGAGGGAGAGGAUGAGGGAAAGAGUGACAGAGCUGCAGUCCAUUCUGUGCGAGAAAGAGGCAGAGCUUGACCAGCAGCACAGCAUGGUCUUCCAGCUGCACACACUGAACCAUUCCCUGAAGCAGAGGGUCCAAGCCCUAGGAGAGGAGGUCAGCCUGACUCAGACAACGUGCUUCCCACUGUCACUGCAAUGUGAGAUUCAGCAGUCCCAGGCAAAAGAGGCCAUUCUGGUUCAUUCCAAAAUCCUGCAAGAGAAAGAGGCUGAAAUUCAGGAGCUGAAAGAAGAGCUGCAGAUUAGAGAGGGGGAACUGCAGUCUCUACAAGUAGAGCUGCAACCAUUCAGGCAAUCCCCUGGGCAGCCCAGCUACAGCUUCCUGGAGGCAGAGCUGACCAAGGUGCGUCAGGAGCGUGACUCCCUCAACCAACAGCUCCUCAAUACUAUCAAACACAAGGUGGCCCUAUCUCAGGAGGUGGAUGCUUGGCAGGAGGACAUGCGUCUGGUGAUCUGCCAGCAGGUGCAGCUGCGUGAGGAGGAGCGGGAGAGAGAGAGGAAGGCCAGACUCCAGCGAGGCUCUGCCACAAGCCGUUCAUUGCGUGUUCGAGGAGAGGGAGGGAAGAACGGGAAGGGGGGGUUCUUCUCUUCCUUCUUCAGCAGUGACUGAAAGAGCCACUCUGAGGCCAAGGCCUGGAUUCACACCUGCCACAAAACACUUUGGUCCCCAACUCUGAAUGAACAAGUUUAGGCACAGCUUGCUGCUUUACAGGGCCGGCUCUAGCCAUUUUGGUGCCCUAGGCAAGAUUAGGAUUUGGUGCCCCCCCCCCCCCACCCCACACAUCACCACCACCACCACAUUACCCUACCAGUACUGCCUCAUUACCACCCACUCAUUCUACAGUAAAAAUAUGGACAACAAACAUCAGACACCACAUUGGUUUCAGGACAAAUAUAUAUAUUUUUAUAAAUUAAAAUGACUUCUCAAACAAACGAAUCACAUAUCAAAGAAUGAGUAAAUUGUUAAAUAUUACCAACUACCUUUACCUGUUAGUAACAUCCAAGACACUGGCACUUGGUUCUGAAAUCUGUUUUUGUG